CCGCUCUUUCUCGAGAGAGCUCUUCCGCGCGCGGCCAAGGCAUUGAUCUCUCUCUCCUCUUCUUUCCUUCCUUUUUUAACCCCUGUUGCUUUUUGAGGACUGUCAGUGUAGACGAUAAUGCGGUUGCGCUUCUCGAAUUCUUUUUUAUUCUUUAUAUUUUUGGUUUAUGGCUGAGGGACGGAUGGUUCUCGUUCUCGUGUUGCUUCGUAGAUGAGUUACACCGUGCCGGUCGCGAAGCGGACUCGGGCGCAGACCCGUUCGGGCGGCCGUCGCGAUCGUCCUCGUCGUCGGAGGGAGGGAGCAGUCGUCGCGGGAGGUGUCGACGGGGACGUGGAAUUCUUGGGGGUAGCGUCUCCGGCGUCGCAGAAGGGGCGGAAUUCGAGCAAGGGUUUGGCGGAAGCGGAGGACGUGAUAUCGAUUGACUCGGGCGAUUCUGGUGAUUUGGGCGGCGGUGGCGAUGGGGCGCUGCGCGUGGUCGCGGGGACCGGGGUUUGUGAUUCUGCGGCGUCGAGUUCUUGCGGCGUGAAAUUAGGGAGGCCGCGUGCCGGUUCUGCCUGCGGCGAUCGUGAUGAAGAGGCUGUUUCUAGUGAUGAGCCGGUCGAGGAUCGCGCUGUGUUGGGUUCGGAUUCGACAAUGUGCGGGAAUCAAGAGGGUCCUCUUGAGAAUAGUGGGGCUGCUGUGGUGGGGGGAGAUGGAAGCAUUGGUGAAAGUGGUGGCUCCAAAUGUGAUGGUGGAAAGAACGAAAAUUUGACGUCCUCUCCUGGUGGAGGAAUGGUAGAUACCGGUGCCUCAAAGGUCGAUGAGGAACAGAACCAUAUUGAAAUUAUUGAGGUGUCGGAUGAGAUGGAGACGUCUUCUAGUGAGGAUGAGAUGUCGUCGAGUGAGGAUGACAUCACAGAUUAUGAGGAUGAGGAUUACGUGGGCAAGGAAUCAAUGAGUUCUGUUAGCAUGGAUAACUCGAGUUCUUCUAGUGAGGAGGAAGUAGGAGAUAGUAAAGAUUCGAGCCAAUGUGAGUUUACAGAAGAAGAAAGUGCUUUCAAUGGACCUCAAGAAGGGAAACCCACGCCCGAUUUGAAAAACAGGAAAGCAAGCCCACAUAACAUUAUAGAAGAAGAAAGUGCUUCUGACCGACCUCAAGAAGGGACACCCGUGCCGGAUUUGAAGAAGAGGAAAGCAUUUGGUUUGAAAAUCCCGAGUGGUUCUCUUAGUGAUGAAGAUGGCAACAAAGAGAGUGCUGUUAAUUUUGGUGAAGAGCGCAAUUGUGUGGCACAACGAACUCGAUCACAUUUUGGGAGGCAAUGGAGGGAUACAAUGAAGGUUGGCACGUUCAGCCAUCCACUUGAUGUUGACGAUGAUGAUGAUGAUGAUGAGGAUCUUGGCUUAUCUCAAAAGUGCCAUGUCAGAGAUGAAAUUCUCGUUAAUCAGGACAGUCACUGUGUAAGAGACAAAACUGAAUUUGCUGCCGUGUCAAACUAUAUAAAAGCUAGAUCGAAGUCAUGUAUAGAUCAAUCUAAGGACGAUAAAGAUGACGACAUCUCUCAUAGUGAAAAGCACAACCCAGAAAAUUUUUCAUCCAAAUCCAUUAAGAGACAAGCUGUUUCAAACAUGGAUGAUGGUGCAGAAUGUCCGCUGAAGGAAUGUGGGAAUGGUGAAGAUUUUCCAUUCCUAUCCAAGAGAAAGCGCGUUCGUUCUCCCCAAGAUUACGAUGUCAUCAAAAUUCUGGUGGAUUCUAUAUGGGAUAAGGGGGAGAUUACCCCCAAAGAAGCAGAUGCUUUUAGAGACACAACUUGUGAAGGAGAAACAAAUAGGCAAAGCAAUGAAUGGAUUCUUCCAUUGAAAUUUACAUUUGGAGAAGAGGAACCAAAGCAGGUGGAGAAAUCAGAUUACGAGAAAGAACUGGACAAGCUGUGGGAUGAACUUGACUUUUGUCUCCGGGCUAGUGAGAUUGACUCUUAUAAUGCCGAUCUGGUUGAAAGCAAAGAUGUUGACCCUCAGCCUGACUUUGAUAGAGUGACCCUUUGUAGUCAGGGGAAUCAUGAGUUUAUUCUCGAUGAAGAAACCGGAGUCAGAUGCAAACAUUGCUUGUUUCUGCAGCUGGAGAUCAAAUAUGUUGUACCACCAUUUAGUAAUGAUCCCUUGGAAAGGUCAGGGCAAAGAGUCUUUGGUAGAUAUGAUUACGAGGACUAUUUGCUUGAAAAGAUUCGCUCUCAAGACUCCAGUUGCAAUCUCCAAGCUGGCCUUCCCUCGGCCAAUGUGCAUGGCACGGUUUGGGACUUAAUUCCUGAUGUAAGGAGUGACUUGUAUCCACAUCAACGUGAAGGGUUCGAGUUCAUUUGGAGAAAUAUAGCAGGAGGCAUUCAGCUUGAUGAGCUGAGAAGGCAAAAAACAGUUGGCUGUGAUGGCGGAUGUAUCAUAUCACAUGCUCCUGGAACUGGAAAAUCUCGGCUGACUAUUGUUUUUCUUCGAACGUAUAUGGAACUGUUUCCAAGUUGCCGGCCCGUGAUCAUUGCUCCUCGGAGCAUGCUCCUCACAUGGGAAGAAGAGUUUCAAAAGUGGAAGGAGGAUAUACCAUUUCAUAAUCUCAACAAUCCGGAGCUUUCUGGGAAGGAAAGUAAGGCAGCUUUGAGUGUUCUUAAACAUGGAGACCAGAGCACCAAACAUGUUCGUAUGGUGAAGCUAUAUUCAUGGACAAAAGAAAGCAGCAUCCUGGGAAUAAGUUACACACUCUUCAAGUCCCUUACGGGGCAAAAUAGGAAAGUUGGUUCACCUCGACAUACAACUGAAGAUGAGCAGAGGAAAAUACUUCUAGAGUUUCCUGGUCUUUUAGUCCUUGAUGAAGGACAUACUCCUCGCAAUGAUCAGAGCCUGAUCUGGAAGGCUUUGUGUAAAGUGGAAACACAAAGACGCAUCAUUCUGUCCGGAACUCCUUUCCAGAAUAAUUUUGACGAGCUCUUUAAUACUCUCUGCUUGGUGAGGCCAAAAUUUGCUGAAAGAAUUUCACUGGAGUGCUAUGGUAAUUUUUCUGUAAAGCAUGGACGCAAAAGAAGCAAGGUGAGAGAGGAAUGGGAUGUGAUGGCCCGAUCUAUACUAAAAAAGGACAAGGAUGCACUAGAGAAGCUCAAAGCUAUGAUUAAUCCAUUCGUGCAUGUACACAAAGGUAUCAUACUUCAAGAAAGACUUCCUGGGUUGCAGGACUCUGUGAUUGUUCUUCGGCCAGGAAAAUUACAGAAGAGCCUCCUUGAGAAUGUGCAAAGCAUGAAGAAUCCGUUUCUUUUGAGUCACCUUGUCUCCUUGAUAUCCGUUCAUCCAUCUCUCUUCUCUCAGUGCUCUGUAUCUGAGAGUGAAGGGUUAACAGUUGACAUAAGUGAGUUAGAAAGCCUUAGAAAGAAACCAGAAGCCGGGGUCAAAACCAGAUUUCUUAUGGAACUCAUCCGUCUUUGUGAGGCUACGCAUGAAAAGGUCCUGGUUUUUAGCCAAUUCAUUGUUCCCUUGAGCUUUAUAAGGGACCUGCUCAAGUCCAAUUUUCAUUGGACAGAUGGCAAGGAACUGUUGUACAUGGAUGGACAGGCUGACAUCAAGCAGCGCCAAUCCUCCAUUAAUGCCUUCAAUGACCCAACGAGUGAAGUGAGGGUGUUGCUUGCCUCUAUAAAAGCAUGUUCCGAAGGGAUUAGUCUGGUGGGUGCUUCAAGGGUCGUGUUAGUAGAUGUUGUAUGGAAUCCGUCAGUUGAGAGGCAGGCCAUAAGCCGUGCCUACAGACUUGGACAGAAGAAUGUAGUCUAUAUUUAUCAUCUGAUCACUUCUGGGACAAUGGAGGCUGAGAAAUACUGUCGACAGGUGGAGAAGGACAGGUUGUCCAAGUUAGUGUUCGCUUCAUCGGAUGGGACUGGCAAUCCUGGACAAAAAGUCACCUCAACGGGAUCGGAUGAUAAAGUCCUGGAAGAGCUGAUACAUCAUUCUACCCUCAGCGAUAUGUUUGAAAAGAUAAUUAACCAGCCCAAGGAGUCUAACUUGAUCGAGGCUUUUUUUAAUUUGGUGGACACUUAGCAGGCAUUUGUUUAGGAUGUCUUUGUACAGAUUCUGCGAGUUCAGGGGAAGGAAAAAAGCUACAGACUAUGCUCUCUUACUUAUAGCUUAUAGUUCUCUUCUGUUUUGGGUAGGGGUUCUAAAGACAUUUUGGUGGACCAUUCACGGACAUCUGUUUAGGAUGUCUCUUUGCACAUAUUCUGCCACUUUAGGGGAAGGGAAAAAGCUACAAGGUUAUGGUCUUCUACUUAUAGUUCUCUUCUGUUUUGGGUCGGGGUUCCAUUGACACUAUGGUUGUGAGGUCCCUGACCAUUCUUUUGUAGAUAUACAGAUGUCUAGAUGACACCACCAAUGCGGCAUGGCUUGGCAUGUGCUCCUUUUGAGAAAUGAAAUUUCUACUGUCCAUCUCAUUAAAUGUC